AUGAGAAAGUGUAAAAUUUUUGUUGGAUCUUCACAUCCUGAAUUAGGUAGAUUAGUAUGUGAUCGAUUAGGAGUUGAACCUGCUCCUUGUACAUUAAAGAAAUUUUCAAAUGGUGAAACUUCAGUACAAAUUGGAGUAUCUAUUAGAGAUGAAGAUGUUUAUAUUAUUCAAUCAGGUUCACCACAAAUAAAUGAUCAUAUUAUGGAAUUAUUAAUUUUAAUUUCAGCUUGUCGUGGAGGUUCUGCUAAUAAAAUUACAGCAGUUAUACCUCAAUUUCCUUAUUCAAAACAACUGAAAAUGAAAAAGCAUAGAGGAGCUAUUACUGCUAGAAUGCUUGCAAAUUUAUUAGUUAUGGCAGGAGCUGAUCAUGUUGUAUCAAUGGAUUUACAUGCAUCUCAAAUGCAAGGAUUUUUUACUAAACCAGUUGAUAAUUUAUAUGGUGCACCAACAUUAGCAAGAUGGAUACGUCAUAAUAUACCUGAUUGGGAAAAUGCUGUAGUAGUAUCAAAAAAUCCUGGAGGAACAAAACGUGUUACUGCAUUAGCAGAUUCUUUAAAAAUUAAUUUUGCUAUGAUUCACACCGAUAGAAGAAGAACUCAAGAUGGAUAUUCUAAAAAGAAAGCAUUAAAAAAAUCUACUAGAAAAGUUAUUAAAGAACAAGAACAAGAUGAUGAAGAUGAAGAAGAUAAUAUUGUUUCUGAAAUUCAAACUGCUAGAGUUGUAGAUGGUCAUGUUGUAGAUGAUGAUUAUCCUACUAAUAAUGGUACUUCAUCUAAACAUAUUAUUAAUGGAGAUAAUUCUAAAAGUCAUUUAGAACAUCCAUCUAUUAUAGAUAGUGAUGUAUUAGGUGGAUCAUAUGAUGCAGCUAAUUCAGAUGAUGAAGAUGAACCAGCAUCUAUAUAUCAAGAAAAACUUAUUACAUUAGUUGGAGAUGUUAAAGAUAAAGUUGCAAUUAUUUUAGAUGAUAUGAUAGAUAAACCUGGAUCAUUUAUAUCAGCUGCUGAACAUAUGAGAUUAAAUUGUGGAGCUAAAGCAGUUUAUGUUAUUGGAACUCAUGGAGUAUUUAGUGAUUCAUGUUUAGAAGAUUUAACUGAUAGUAAAUGUAUUGAUAAAAUAGUGGUGACUAAUACUUAUCCAAUUGGUAAGGAAAGAAUAGAAGCUCAAAAGAAGAAACUUACAGUUAUUGAUGUAUCACCAAUCUUUGCUGAAUGUAUUAGAAGAGAUCAUUUUGGUGAAUCUAUUUCAGUAUUAUUUGAUUCUUUGGCUGCUAUAGAGUAA